ACCCUUUCAGGUGUUCAUUCCUGAGAGGAUCUAUUCGUCUGUCUACCACUCAUUCCGGCUGGAUUAGACUAACCACCUUCAUUGUUAACUGUUUUUAAUGAGUAGUAUAGUUAUUCCGGAUACCAUGCUGGUAGUAUCCACCUUGCGAAAUUGUGCCGUGUUGGACUGUGAUUCUAAAGGGGGGAAAUUGGCUUUCCUCUCUUUAUGUUUAUUUCCCUAUUUCUGUCAUGUUCUGCUGUCCUGUUUUCCAGCCAAUAGAAGGACUAUGUUAAAUUUAUUCACAGCAAUGUGAUAAGAACUUGAUCAUAAUCAUACACUGCAGCCCUCAAAUCGUGUAUUAUGCUGGCUUGUUUUUGGUGUCCCUAGUAAUUUCAUCAGAUUGUGAGCUCUUUGGGAGCAGAGACCAUGAUGUUUAUUAUAUCUGGUGACAGCACAAUUCCAAGCAGGUCCUUGUCUUUUGGUAGAUAUUCAGUAAUUAUUUUUUUGCUUAAUAAUGUUUGCUCUCCAAACUGCCAUAUAAAAGAAAACAUCAAAGAGGGGUGACGUUUUACGCACAAGAAUGGAUCCCUCCCUGUGGAAGUCCAAAUUAUGAUCUGGGAUUCCACUGCCUUUCACAUCUCAAAAGUGUUAAUUACCACCUGCAUUGUUUAUACAGCAAGGAGGUAUAAAAAAUUCUAGAAUGAAUCUUUUUUUGAGUAUGAAUUAACCUCAAAGUUUAGAAGGGAGUAUACUUCUUCUGAUGAGAAAGUCAAAUGGCAUCAUCAAAUUAUCUUUCUUUUAGCUAUAGAGAUACUGUGUUACAGAAAGAACGCAAGUAAUAUGGAUUAUUGCCUUUAAUAUAUAUUAUUUGGCAAAUAACAUAGCUAUGUAUAUGCAUCUUGUAACCAUGAAACACAAAGAUGUGAUAGUAUUGAUUGUCUUCAUUCAGUUAUUUAAUGCUUUCUGUUUCUUUGUUUUUCUCUUUGCUUAAAGGUAAGGUAUCAUUACAGAAGCUUGAUUAAAUUCUCAUUUCAGGAAAUUAAGUGUAUAGUCAGCAUAUACAGAAGUAACAUUCAUUUGCAUGGAUUCUUUUUUGAAUAGAUUCUAAAGACCAAGAUGUCUUACCCAACAAACUAGCUUUUCCUUCACAUUUCUCUUUCAAGUUUCACUCAUCUUUUCCCUCUGUUAUCAUUCUUCCCUUCCCAACUAAUACAGUAAAGAUAUCUACAAUUUAACAAGAGGAGCCAAACAUGUUCAAAUAAUCUUUCCUUUUCAGUAGCAGAAUUUUUUACCUUAUUAAUAUGAAUGGUCAUUUUGAAUUAUGAGAGACCCUGGCAGUUUGGCAGUUGGUCCAAUGAAACCCGAUUUAGUUUGUCUAAAUAAAUGAUGCUGCCUCAAGCAUUCAAAUUCUGCUGUUUCCCAAAAUAUUUUUCUCAUCAGAGACUGCCUUUCUAUGAAACUUUACUUUUGGGCUUAUUGGGGACUCCUUUAAAUUUUGCGAUUGGUGAUAUUAAUAAGAUGAUAGAGGGAAGUCUGCAAAUUUUCAUCUCUUUUGCACAUUGUUUUCUUGCCUAGUGGAUGUUUUCCAGAAGUUUCUGGCCUAACUCAUGUGCAGUAAAAUUCAGUUACAUAAUUUUUUUAAAAAGCGUGUUUGUAAACUCUAAACCGUUUUAAUGGUCAUUUUUCUGAAACUAAAAUAUAGCAUGAAUGAGAGAUAAAAUAAUGAUUUUUAAAAGCUUAAUUUUUCCUGCCUUGCACAAAUAUGAUAUUGGCAGCAGUCAUUUUGUGGCACUGGUUGGGGAAUCAAGAGACCUGGUUUCUAAUCCCUGCUCUGUCACUAACAAGCUGUGUGAUCUUUGGUAAGUCAUUUAAACUCUGUGUCCUUGCCUUUGAUAUUUAUACAUUAAAGUAGAUAUCUUCCUCCUAGGAUCAUUUUCAGGAUUUAAAAAUAAAUAUGAAAAUGCAGUAAAAACUUAUAGUUUUUUUAAUGGCUUAACUGUACAGUCAUAAGUUUUUAAUAGUGUGACAUUCUUAAUCAUUUCUACUAUUGUCAUAGGAAUCACCUGUUUUGUGAUAAAUAACUGACAUUUUUGGCAUGUUAUAGUUUUGUAAGAUAAUCAUCUAGUGUAUAUGAAUUUGCUUUUGGGUACUAAUAAAAAUAAUCUUUCACUUUAAUGUUCUUUACUAUCCAUAUUUGCUUUAGUGUAUCUACUGCAACUGUAUUUGUCAUUGUUUUCAUAAAUGUCUUUUCAUUAUUUCUCCCAAUCAAACAGGCUUAUUAGAAAGCUAUACUUUGUUAUUACAAUGUAAUAUACUACACGUGCACAUAUGCACAAUUAGCUUAUGCAAAUUUAUGUGUUUACAAAUACUUCUUUGUACUAUAUGGCUUAAGAAUAUAAGAUGCCUAGCUCAUGUGGUGCUUAACCAAAGAAACAGUAAGCCGUUUAAAAUCUGAAGGAGAAACUGGUUGGACAUAUUGUAACGCAGUAUAUUAUACACAAAACCAUACUUUAAGAGUAAUAUAGAGUAUUUUAAAGGGUAAUUUUGACUACACACAAUUUUCAUCUUUGCUAAUUUUAAUAUAAGCCUUUUGUAAGGUGCAACCCAAGUGUAAUUUCAAAUAGCAGACUGCUCUUUUGACCAGAAUUUGUUAGAUUGCUAUUACAAUGCUGAUUAUAUCUUAUAGUAGUUACUGUCAUAAGGUUAUAUUUUAGGCAGUGGCUCACACCUGUAAUCCCAGCACUGAGGCCAAGGUAGGAGGAUCACUUGAGGCCAGGAGUUCAGGAUAUAGUGAGACCUCCAUCUCUACAAAAAAAUUUAAAAAUCGAAACAGAAAGAUCCCUUGAGCCCAGGAGUUCAAGGCUGCAGUAAUCUGUGAUCAUGCCAUUGCACUCCAGUCUGGACAAACAGAAUGAGACCUGCCUCUUUAAAAGUUAUAUUGUGUCCUACACACUAUAAUUUCUGGUGUAUAAUCUUGGCAGCCCCUGUUCUGAUUUUACAUGAGGUGUUACCAUUUUACAGAAAGUCUUAUUGUUGUAUAAACAUACCAGAGUUUAUACAAUUAAAUGAGAUGUACCCUCUCUUCCAUAGUCUAUAGGAAAAAAAGUAAUCCUCUUGGAAAACUAGAAAUAUAGUCCAGUAAUAUUGCCAUUGCUGAAAACAUUUUUGGCAUUGAAUUUUUGUAAUUACCUUCAGAAUUUGCAGCAUAUUUUUUGAAUAUUUUUAAUGAUAGUUAAUUCUUGUUAAGUUGGAUUUCAUUUCUACAAGCUGCUAACAGGUCUUUACAACUGAGACAAGUGAAUGAAGUAGGUGUUGAAGCCACUGUUUGGGAUAAAAAAUGAAGUGUGAUUAUUUUCAUAUUUUUAGAUUUUUAUUUAUGUUUUUUUUUUAUAGUGUGUGGUUUAUAGAAAGACUCCAGGAAUAUUCUGUGCUGUGGUGGAAAUAUUGGAAUAAUCAACCUCAUAAGAAGCUUAAGUGAAAAUGGUACAUGUUAGAAGACAUGAAACAAGGAAAAAUUCUAAAAGUCACGUGCCUGAGCAGAAAUCUCGAGUUGAUUGGAGGCGAACUAAAAGAAGUAGUAUCUCACAAUUAUGUGAUAGCGAUGAAGAGCUUGAUAAUGAUGAAGAAUUUGAUAGUGAUGAAGAGCUUGAUAGUGAUGAAAGUGUUGAUAAUUACAAAAGUUUUGAUAGUGACGAAGACCUUGAUAGUAACAAAGGACUUGAUUGUAAUAAAACACCAGGAAGUGAAACAGAGCUUAAAUUAAGUAAAGUUGAAAGUGAAGGAAACGACAGUAAGAAUGUCAUUAACACUGGCAACAGUUCAACCUAUGUAGAAGAAAUGAACAAAACCAAACAUAUGAAUAUUGACUUACAAGAUCAGGAAAAACAUCUAAGUCAAGUGGAUAAUGUUCUCAACAAACAAACUGGACAAAUAAUUGAGGAUGAUUUAGAAGAAGAACACAUCAAGCGAGGUAAAAGAAAAAGGCUAUCCUCUGUGAUGUAUGACAGUGAUGAGAGUGAUGACAGUGAUAUCCUAGUUAGAAAAGCAGGUGUUAAACGUCCACGUAGAGUGGUUGAAGAUGAAGGUUCUUCACUGGAAAUGGAGCAGAAAAGUCCUGAAAAAACAUUAGCUGCACGAAAGCGAGAACAACUUCAGAAGCUGAAAGAACUCUCAAAACAAAGAUCUCGUCAGAGACGCAAUAGUGGUAAAGAUUUUGAGGACUCUGAAAAGGAAUCCUGCCCAAGCAGUGAUGAGGAUGAUGAGGAGGAAGAAGAUGAUUGUGAAUCUGAUGAAGAUGGAGAUGAUUAUAUUAUCGAUGACUUUGUAGUGCAAGAUGAGGAGGGAGAUGAAGAGAAUAAAAACCAACAAGGAGAAAAAUUGACUACAUCACAACUGAAAUUAGUAAAACAGAAUUCUCUUUAUUCUUUUAGUGACCACUAUACUCAUUUUGAAAGAGUUGUGAAGGCUCUUCUGAUCAAUGCUUUAGAUAAAUCUUUCCUGGGAACAUUGUAUGAUGGCAAGAGGCAAAAAUCAUAUGCAAAAGAUAUGCUCACAUCUCUUCAUUAUUUGGAUAACCGCUUUGUUCAACCUCGUCUAGAGAGUUUGGUAUCUAGAAGUCGUUGGAAAGAACAAUAUAAGGAGCGGGUAGAAAAUUAUUCUAAUGUAAGCAUUCAUUUGAAGAAUCCUGAAAACUGUUCCUGCCAGGCUUGUGGACUGCAUCGCCACUGUAGAUAUUCAGUGCAAUUAUCAGGAAAGUUAUAUAACACCAGGACCAUGGAAAUAGAUGAUUUCAUGUCACAUGAUAAACAGGUGUUCACUGUUGGCAGAAUUUGUGCUGACCGUACCAGAAUUUAUCAUAAACUGAAACAUUUUAAAUUCAAACUGUACCAGGAAUGUUGCUCCAUUGCAAAGACAGAAGAAGUUGAAGAUGAACAGGUUAAAGAAACAGUGGAAAGAAUUUUCAGUCAAUCAAAAGAAAGUGGCUGGAUUAAGGAGAAAUAUGGUCGACUUGAAGAAUAUCUCAAUUUUGCGGAUUACUUUCAAGAAGAGAAGUUUGACUGAAUUGUAACACAUUUCCAUCAGAGAAGAUUUUUUAAAUUCCUAUAAAUGUGAAGAUCAUGAUUCUUGUUUUUCUGUAUCAUGUGAUGUAUUUAUACAUUUUAUAUAUAUCUUCAUGGCAAAAUAUUUUGUUUAAAACAUGGUUAUCUUUAUUCCUGUGAAAUGGCACUCUAUAGUCUGAUUGAACUUUUAUGUGAUGUACAUAAAACAUUAUCUUAAUAAUUUUUAGGUCUGUAAAUGUAUUUUAAAGUUAUAUAAUCAUGGCUUUAUAACAGAUGACUGUCAACUGAAUGAGCUGUCCAUGUCCUGCCAGUUUAGUCAAAAUAUAUUGUAUUUUAAAAAUAUAUUUAGACUAACAUCUACAUGUAUUUUUGCUGAAUUCCUGUCCAGACGUGUUUAUUAUCCUUUUACAGUAUUAAGUGAUUUUCACUAACAUAUUUUUUACUGCUAUCAUCAAAUCAGUGGGCCAUGGAAGAAACUUCAAUAUAUCAUUCAGUUCAAUCCCCUGGCUUCAGAAACAGAUUGUUGCAUAUCCAUUCUAAGUAGAGGAAUGAUUUUUUCCUUUUCUAGAAAGUUUCUCUUUCAAACAUAUUUCCGGUCUCCAGAGAGUCUUUCAACCUUCACAUUCAGGAACAAUUUUAUGUAAAUUUUCAUGUUUUAUAAUGUUGAUGCUUUUUUUCUAUUCAAUUUUGUCUAUAUGUUAAUGAUUAAGAUGUUUUUUAUUUAUUUUUAGCCAUAGCUUUUUCCAUGUAAGUAUAUAUGUUAGGGUCAGAACUGCUGAGAGAUAAAUACAGCCAAAAACACUUUAAAAGCAUAUUUUAGUAUCUGCAUUGCUUUGCACAUCUAAAUUUUGCCAAAAAGUAAUAAAGUAAAAUGGUCUCUGAGUGAACAAAUGAA